AUGGCCGCCAGGCUCGCGUCGGCGGAGGGGGGGGCGGCGGUGGGUGUGGCGGCGGGGGGGGCGGUGGGGGUCGCAGCGUGGGCGUCGCAGCUGCGGUUCGGGGGCGUGGACGCGCGUCUUCUCGCGAGGCUCGCGGGCGACCCGGCGAUGUGGGGCGUCGUGCGGAUGCCGGGCGACGAAAAGCACGCGAUGGCGGAGCCGAUGCUGGGACGAAUGGAGGAGUGCUCUACAGAGGGUAGAAGCCCAGGAACGGAGCUCAGUGCGAUGUCUGAGCAUCCAUCGAUGCAGGACGGAGGUCCAGGGUCCUCCCAACCUUCACCGUUCCCCCCCCCGGCCGCGCCGGACGCCGCGAGCGACGAAGCCGCGGACACCGUCUCCGAGGAAGACCUCCGGACGCUCCUCGCGCCGCCCACGUUCCCCGUCGAGAGCCCGCGGCUCCCAGUGCGCGGGCUGGGCAACACUGGCAACUCCUGCUAUCAGAAUGCCGUCAUGCAGGCCCUGCUCGCGUGCACGCCCUUCUGCUGGGCCCUGCGCGUGCUCGGGCGCUGCAGGCCCGCGCUGGACGCCUCCCCCGUCCUGCGCGGCCUCGCCGAGUUCUCCAGGGCGUUGCAAGGCGACGUCUCGUGGCGCGAGCCCACGCCCGCGGAGCUCGCGCGGCAGGAGCGCUUCGGCCCGCGCGGCGAGGCGCCCACCAUUAACUGUCGAAUGCUGGACGUCAUCGUGCAGCGGUUCGCGGCCGACGGCGGCGCGGCGGCGCAGGAGGACGCGCAGGAGUUUUUGUCGUACGCCGUGGACCACGCCGACGAGGAGCUGCGGGAGCUGCGGCGGCGGCACGGCUCGGGGGGCGCGCCGGACCCUGCGGGGAGUCAGGGGGGGGGUGUCGCGUGGGAGGACCCCGAGGAGUGGGCGACGGUGGGGCCGAAGAACAGGGCCGCGGUGACGCGCGAGGCGGGCGGCGACGCGCACGACUCCAUCGUGGGGGGGGUCUUCGCGGGGGUGUUGUCCAGCACGGUGCGCGCCGAGGGCGCGCGCGCGAGCGCGACGCUGCAGCCGUUCACGGUGCUGCCGCUCGAGGUGGGGUCGUUCCGGGCCGGCGAGGCGCCCGCGCGGAGCGUGCAGGAUGCGCUUGCGCGGUUCACGGCGGCAGAGGAGGUGUCGGGGUACAGGGCGGGGGGAGUCGAGCGCCAGGCGAGCAAGUCGACCAAGCUGCGGAAGCUGCCGGAGGUGCUCGUGAUCCACCUGCAGCGCUUCACGUACACCGCGGAGGGUCUCGUCAAGCUCUCGCGCUUCGUGGAGUUCGACGAGAAGCUCACGAUCAGCGGCAAGCUCCUCGACCCGCUCUCGCCCCACCGCGGCGAACCCGGCGGCGGCGUGCACUACCGCCUGCGCUCGACGGUGACUCACCUCGGCGCGGACCCGUUCAAGGGGCACUACGUCGCGGACGUGUGCCAGGACGAUGGCACGUGGCUGCACAUGAACGACACGCACGUCGGCAAGGUUCCCACCACGCACGUGUUCCAGCAACCGUGCUACCUGCUGUUCUACCAGCGGGAGCGCGGCGGGGGCGGGGCGGGGGCUGCGGCGCGGCACGCGAAGUAG